AUGAGUAGUAAACAGAUUGGAGAGGUGCAAGAUCAGCUAUAUAAAGAGAUGUACGAGAAAUUCGUACAGCUGAUAGCCGAAUUAACGAACUUGGUUGAUGAGUCUCAAAGAAAGAUAGUUGAAUAUAAAUCGAAUCUAGAAACGAGCGUCAUUCCACAAUCAUUAGUUGACGAGUUUCUUGAACAGCGGCGUGUGCUAAUCAACGGCAUUGUGAAGAAGGUGGAAGAAGCGAAUUGCUUUUUCCCGAUCAUUGAUUUUGUCGAUAAAGCCUUGGACGAGGUGGAGUCUUCUCUGAACCGUUUUGAAGAGCAAUGCACAACAGUAUUCAAUACAUGUCAAGAUCGUCGUCCCAAGAAGGGUUUUUCGCUCUUCAAUAAGAAGGAGCAGUCGGGCACGGACGUUCCUCCCCCGAUCUGGGUGCAUCCGGACUACAUCUUCAACGCGGACGCGAUGAUCACGCAAAUGAAGCAAAUCCGCGACAUCAGCGAGGCCGGUAUGCAUUCCCGCCUCCACGACGCUUCGCCUGUUUGUUCGAACAAACAAAUCGCGCAACAAACAACCCCUUCUUUCUUUCUUUCUUUCUUUCUUCUUUCUCGCCGCCUUCUACCCUUCCAACUCCGACAUCGAUCGCGAUUGCGACUGUUCGUCCUCCGCCUCGCCUCCCUGCCCUUCUCUCUGCCCUUCUCUCUGCAUCUCCAGCACUCUGCGCAGCGUGCAAAUGAUCCCCGGGCCGCUCAUCCCUUCCUCCACCCACAGGAGGAACUUGGCUUGCUGCAGCGGCGUGAGCACGCUGAGAAUGCCCUUCAUCUGCUCGUGCAUCGAUUCGAUGUUGUCUUUCAUCUUCUUCUGCACGCUGUCCACGAUGUCCAGGAUCGACGAGAUGUUCUCCUGCUGACGCAGCAGACCCCCGCGACUCCCCACAAUCCGCUUCUUCUGCUCGUCUGA